UCGCGAAGCGAACGGCAGCCAGCGUGAGACGCCACAGAGCUCGUGCUAGCUGCGUCCACGUGUUCAGGGAGCCGCAGUCCCCCGCAGCGGUCCUGGCGCUUCUAACAAGUACUCGCUCUGCUCAGUCCAGGGUUCCUCGCCGUUGCGGGAACGCGUACAGCUGAAACACCAGGAGCUGCGGAUCGUUUCUGUCUAGAGAGCACGGCGGUAAAGUCACGGUUUCCAUCAAUCCGCAGUGCCGUAAACACUUAAUUCACCAUCGGGUAUAACUGAAUUAACUAGUUGCUACACCUUCGCCAUCGCUGGAUCUGGGAUUAUAGCCCAGUCCAGUCGCCGGAGUCUUGAGAAGAGUUGGCCACACGGUGUACUCCCUAGGCUAAAGUGAGCGUCGUUGUCCGCCACGAUGAAAGUACUACAGGAGGACGUGCUGAAGAUAGAAGAUGCGGACGCCUGCAUCAUCGCCAAGGACCAGAACGGCCUGCUGCGGCUCGGCGUGUCCGCAGCUGGCGAGUCUGACAACGCGGCGGCGGGCGUCAGCGAGGUGCUGCCCUGGCUGCUGGUGGCGGCGGCGGCGGCCGUGCGCCCGGAGCGCGUGCGCGCCCUCGCCGUCACGCGCGUGCUCAGCGCCGCGCCCGAGCUGCCCGACACGCCGCUGCCCGCCGGCGUCGCCUUCCAGCGCGUCGCGCUGCUCGACGCCCCCUCCGAGGACCUGGCGCCGCACCUCGACGCCGCCGCCGACGCCAUCGAGCAGGUGCGCGCCUCGGGCGGGCGCACGCUGGUGCACUGCGUGGCGGGCGUGAGCCGGUCUGCGGCGCUGUGCCUGGCGCACCUGGUCAAGCACUGCGGGCUGCCGCUGCGCGCCGCCUUCGCGCACCUGCGCGCCCGCCGCCCCGCCGCGCGGCCCAGCGCCGCCUUCUUCCGCCAGCUCAUCGACUUCGAGCGCGCCGCGCUGGGCGCCGCCUCCGUCGCCAUGGUGCGCCACCCGGCCGCGCCCGGCGCCCUCAUCCCCGACGUCUACGAGCCCGACUACCGCCACACCGUCUGGUUCCAGCAGCACUGCGCCGGCCGCGCUUUCGGCAGGCACUGACGCCGAGCGCGCAGCACAGCCGCGCCGGAGCCUCUCCGUAGGCAUGGCAGACACCUGCAGGUGUCGCCGGCGCCUUUACUCUGACUGUCCGAGAGGCCUAGUGUCGUCGUCAGCUGAAGCAGUGCCCACCGACAACACCCGGAGGGUGUGUCGAGAACUGAGGGCUACCUGUCUGUACCUCCAGUACCCGCCAUGACGGGGCCUAUGACUUCCUUAAACAUUACUUUCCGUCAGGGAGGACUUACUCAAUAUCUGAGGGAUCUACAGCAGUCUCCUGAUCGAGUAUCAGCGGUGCAGUGCCAACGAAGUACAAUGAAAUCGUUGGAGACCGAACCUUAACUGAAUACCAAUUCUGCUUUGGUUAUUCUGUCCAGGAAUACUGGUACUAUGAUACCAACAUACAGUGUGCACGGUUGAAAUUGUUGUAUUUAUUCUUUAAGCUCACUGUACCUAACAUAUUGUUACUAUUUAGACUGAGUACUGUACUAGCCACUGACAAGUCAACUCUGUUCCCUAGGCAGUGUUUAUUCUGACCAUCCGUGGUACCUAACAUCUAUAGCAGAGCCCUGUUCGUUGCCGUAUUAGGCACCACGAGCAAUGGGUAUUGAUGAGAACGUGCUACUUAUGUUCACUAUUGACGGCAAUGUAAUAUGUUCCCAUAAUCCAGUCGCACUAGCGAACGACUCACUGUGCACGAUGAAUCCGGUUGGGAUGGGAACUCUUAUUCUGAGUGGGUCUGCCACGGCUCCGCCAGCACUCUCACCAAAGUAUUACCCACAAUGCGCCUAUUCUGGCAACCGAAGAUAUCUACAAUGUCCUCUCAGUCAAGUAACGCCUCAGUAGUGGCAAACUGCAGCACUCGAAUCAAUGGAGAGGAAGUGCUUUCUCUGUCCAUAAUGUCUAUUAAUGUAAUGUUGUGUUCAUCCCAGCCGGGUGAAAUAGUUUCCACUUAGCACCAACUUCAUGGUUUGUGUGCUUGUAAUACAAGGGUAACGGGAAUAAGUGCUGGUAUUUCUGUUGGAUACUGAAGCAAAUAUCUGUAUUGACCUCAUUUGAAGUCUUACAGCUAUAGCCAUUACAAGUCGUGUGUUUUUAGUUUCGUUAGUACCACCAUGUACGUGAGGCAAGAGCCAACCAUUAACGCUUAAUUUUUCCCUGCACAGUGGACGCAAAAUGGUUAGUCUAUACUGACAGGCGUAAUCCACUUACAGGCUCAGUUACGACCGUGCAGAAAACAUCAGGUCGUAAAGUUUGCAAACAUGCUUGUGGGAAGACUGAUCGAUGCAAAAAAAAAAAAAAAAAAAAAAAAUCACACAGCCGACACGCUGAUAUUAA